AUACUCAAAUUGCUGAGGCAACACCAGAAACUAGAGAGGUGCAAGCUGGAAAGGAAGAAGAUGGUCGUGACCAAGUUGGAGAUUUCAGUUCUAGACUUCUGGAAUGCUGACUCGACCAAGGCAAUGAAAUUAGUCGUAUGCGGAGCCCCAAACCUUUGAAUCUUCGAUACUGCCAGCGGAGCCCUAAAUCUUCGAAUCUAAUCGAGUUCGAGGCUGCUAGAAUCUAAUCUACCAGACGAAUCUAAUCCAUUCGAGAUGGAAGAUGAGGGUGAUUACCAAGAACAACUUGAAGCACAAACCGAAACCGUGGCUUCAAAUCCCAGAAAGAGGAAGCCAAUGGACUCUCGAAGCAAUAAAUUUAGAGAUGAAUUUAGCCUUGAACCAACACAACGCCUUUGCCUAACUACGGACACAUGGACUUCCAAUCAAAGAAUUAAUUACAUGUGUUUAACCGCACACUUUAUUGAUAAAGAUUGGAAGUUGCAUAAAAAAAUACUAAACUUUUGUCCAAUUUUUAGUCAUAAAGGUAAGGCAAUUGCAUUGGCAAUCGAGGAGUGUUUGGUGGAGUGGGGGAUUACUAGGGUGUUAUCUAUCACGGUUGAUAAUGCUAAUACUAAUGAUGCUGCAUUGGAUAGGUUAAGAGAGAAAAUUGGUAAUUGGGGUACUAGCGUGUUAAAUGGUGAACACUUACACUUGAGGUGUGUGGCUCAUGUUCUGAAUUUAAUUGUCAAAGUUGGAUUGGAGGUCUUUAAGGAGUCAAUUGUUAGGGUGAGAAAUGCAGUUAAGUAUGUGAGGUAUUCACCCGCUUGGGAGGCAUUGUUUAUGGAAUGUGCAAAGUAUGAGAGAAUUGAAACUAAAAAAUGUUUGAUUCUUGAUGUGGAUACUAGAUGGAAUUCUACAUAUGAAAUGCUAGAUGUUGCGGAAAAAUAUGAAAAGGCAUUUGGUAGGUAUAAUACACAAGAUCCUAGGUAUAAAAAACAUCUCAAGUUCAGUAAUGUUGAUGGGAGGCCUACUAGUGAUGAUUGGAGUACCGUGAGAAAGUUUGCUUCAUUCUUAAAAAUUUUCUAUGAUCUAACUUUGAAGAUUUCGGGAUCACAAUAUGUUACUUCUAACAUCUUCUUGCGUGAGAUAUAUGCCAUUCAAUCCAUCUUGCAUGAUUGGUCAUAUGGUCCUCAUAGUGUUGACAUGUAUGCGGUUGGAAAAGAGAUGUUAAAUAAAUUUAACAAAUAUUGGGGAGAUCCAAGAGAAAUUAACUAUCUUUUGUUCAUUGCGGUUGUACUUGAUCCAAGACACAAGCUUCAAUUCGUGGUGUAGAUGUUAAAGGCUAUGUAUGGAGAUCAUGUUGGGGGGAGUUUUGGGAAGUCUUUGGAAGAAACAUUAAGAAAAAUGUUCGAUGAGUAUAAAUCAAGGAUUGCACCUAAAAAUCAAAGGGGUGAUGCUAGAGAACCAAUGAGAGAGGAAGAUCUUGGCCAAGUGCAUCCAUCUCAAUUAUUGAGGAUGCAAUUUGAGAAAGAUAUUGGAUUGGAUCCAAGUGAGGGUAGUGCAUCGGACUUGGAAGAAUAUUUGGGUGAGAAACCAAAAACUUUUAGGGAUUUCGAUGGGUUUGACAUAUUAGAGUGGUGGAGGCAUAAUUCUAUAAGAUUUCCCAUUUUAUCCCAAAUGGCCCAAGAUGUGUUAGCUUUUCCAAUAUCCACCGUAGCUUCGGAAUCGGCUUUUAGCACGGGCGGUAGAGUUCUUAAUGAUUUUAGGAGUUCACUACGUCCGAAAAUGGUUGAAGCACUUAUAUGUGCUCAAGAUUGGAUGAGAAGGACUAUAAAAGCUUUAUGUGUGGAGGAGGAUCCGGAAGAAAUGAAACAAUUGGAUGAGGCACUAGAUAAAAUGAACAUGGAUGCGAGUUCUACAGCAGCUUCAGCCACUGGAACAAGUCAACCAAUGUAAGUUAUCUCCUGUUCAUUCUGGCCUCUGUUAGCCUCUGUCCAAACAGCAGCCAAGGGAUGAGCACCAACAAUUAUAUGUCUCCAACCAGUAGCCACCAGCCAGCAACGCAGCACUAACGCAGUGAGCCAGUCGCAGUCAGCCCUUAACGCUUAGCAGUUGGCAGAUGACAAGAAUUUGUGCAACUAAAUUCUGUGAUUGAUUAUGAUAGACUAAGUCUAGAGUUAUGGACUGUUGGUUUUUAAUGGCCGAAUGUGCUUAAGCUUUUGAAUCCAGUAAUCAUUCAUAGCAACUUGUAAACUUAUAAUGUUCUGCUAUUCCAGUUUUUUUUGUGAAAUUUCGGUUUUAAAAUUCGGUUUACGGUUAUUAACCGAAUAUAAAUUUCGGUUCGGUUUCAAAACCGAAUUAAUUUCGGUUCGGUUUUCGGCAGGGUUUUCCAGCUUUUUCGGUUUCGGUUAACCGAAUUUAAAUUCGGUUCGGUUUUUACCGAAUACUCACCCUUAGUUGCAGGACAUGAAAAUAGUUGAGAAUGAAUUGAAAUUUGUACC